AUGUUUAGAACAAGUCCAUUCUAUGCUAAUGUUAGAUAAGAGGUGUAUUCUGAAAUCAAUUAUCAAUUGUCUCUAGAAUUAAAUAGCAUAUAAUAAAAAUAAGAUCCUCUUAGCAGUAAUAGUAAAAAGAGCGCUUCUAAAUAAAAUUUUAAUAGUAUAUGUAGAAAUUAUGAUUUAUAAUUAAAAAUUAGUCUAUAGGAGAGUAAAUGAUUAAGAAUCAAUUAUAGAAGAUAAAAUUAUUAAGAAAUGUUCAAACUGUGAGAUUAAGAUAGUUUCAGAUGAUAUUUAUUGUUAAGACUGUAAUAAAUUGAUCUGUUAGAAGUGUACUAAUGAAUGUAGUGUAUGUGGAAAUGAUUGCUGCUUAAUUUGUAGUAAAUAAACAUAUUUAUAAAAUGGUGAUUUUGUAGUGUGUUUAUAAUGUAUUUAAUAAUAAUAAUGA